AUGCCCGGGGGGAAGCGCGGCCUCGUGGCGCCUCAGAACACCUUCCUGGAGAACAUCGUGCGGCGCUCCAGCGAAACGAGUUUCCUGCUGGGGAACGCUCAGAUCGUGGAGUGGCCGGUGGUCUACAGUAAUGACGGCUUCUGCAAACUCUCAGGAUACCACAGAGCAGAGGUCAUGCAGAAGAGCAGCACAUGCAGUUUUAUGUAUGGUGAGCUGACCGAUAAGAAGACUAUAGAGAAGGUCAGACAGACUUUCGAUAACUAUGAGUCCAACUGUUUCGAAGUUUUGCUCUACAAGAAGAACAGAACCCCGGUGUGGUUCUACAUGCAGAUCGCACCAAUCAGGAACGAGAACGACAAGGUGGUGCUCUUCCUGUGCACGUUCAAAGACAUCACUGCUUUCAAACAGCCCAUCGAGGAUGAGAGCACCCGAGGUUGGACCAAGUUUGCGCGGCUGACCCGUGCCCUGACCAACAGCAGGAGUACCAUCCAGCAGCUGACUCCUGUGAACAAGACAGACGUUAGCUCACAUAAACACUCACGACUAGCAGAGGUGUUCCAGCUGGGUUCAGACAUUCUGCCUCAGUACAAGCAGGAGGCUCCCAAGACCCCCCCUCACAUCAUCCUACACUACUGCACCUUCAAGACCACCUGGGACUGGGUCAUCCUCAUCCUCACCUUCUACACAGCCAUCAUGGUGCCCUACAAUGUCUCCUUCAAGACCAAGCAGAACAACGUCACCUGGCUGGUGCUGGACAGCGUGGUGGACGUCAUCUUCCUGGUGGACAUUGUGCUGAACUUCCACACCACAUUCGUGGGGCCUGGAGGCGAGGUGAUCUCCGACCCCAAGCUGAUUCGGAUGAACUAUCUGAAGACCUGGUUUGUCAUAGACCUGCUGUCGUGCUUGCCCUACGACAUCAUCAAUGCUUUCGAAAACGUGGACGAGGGGAUUAGCAGUUUGUUUAGCUCCCUGAAGGUGGUGCGGCUGCUGCGGUUGGGGCGUGUGGCACGGAAACUGGACCAUUAUCUGGAAUACGGUGCUGCUGUUUUGGUCUUACUGGUGUGUGUGUUUGGGCUGGUGGCUCAUUGGCUAGCCUGUAUCUGGUACAGCAUCGGAGACUACGAAGUCAUUGAUGAGCUCACAAACACCAUCAAGACAGACAGCUGGCUCUACCAGUUAGCAACUAGCAUCGGCUCCCCUUACCGCUACAAUGCUAGCGGCUCUGGACAAUGGGAAGGCGGCCCUGGGAAAGACUCUCUUUACAUUACGUCUCUCUACUUCACCAUGACAAGUCUGACCACCAUUGGAUUUGGGAACAUCGCACCGACCACUGAUGGAGAGAAGAUCUUCUCGGUGGCCAUGAUGAUGGUGGGAUCUCUUCUCUACGCCACCAUCUUCGGUAACGUGACCACCAUCUUCCAGCAGAUGUACGCGAACACAAACCGCUACCACGAAAUGCUGAACAAUGUGAGGGACUUCCUGAAGCUCUACCAGGUGCCCAAGGGCCUGAGCGAACGAGUGAUGGACUAUAUCGUCUCCACCUGGUCCAUGACCAAGGGCAUCGACACUGAGAAGGUGCUGUCCAUAUGUCCUAAGGACAUGCGUGCGGACAUCUGCGUUCACCUGAACAGGAAGGUGUUCAACGAGCACCCUGCGUUCAGGCUGGCCAGCGACGGCUGCCUGCGCUCUUUGGCCGUGGAGUUUCAAACCAUCCACUCGGCACCCGGUGACCUCAUAUUCCACGCCGGGGAGAGCGUGGACACACUCUGCUUUGUGGUGUCAGGGUCACUAGAGGUCAUCCAGGAUGAUGAAGUCAUCGCCAUACUCGGUAAAGGGGACGUUUUUGGCGAUGUUUUCUGGAAGGAGACGACGCUAGCUCAUGCCUGCGCUAACGUCAGAGCGCUAACCUACUGUGAUCUCCACAUCAUUCGGAGAGAGGCUCUGCUGAAAGUGCUGGACUUCUACACAGCCUUUGCCAACUCCUUCUCGCGCAACCUCAUCCUCACCUGCAACCUGCGCAAACGGAUAAUCUUCCGUAAGAUCAGUGAUGUCAAGAAGGAGGAAGAGGAACGCCAGCGCGCAAAGAACGAGGUCCCGCUGACCAUCCCCGUGGACCACCCGGUCAGAAAACUCUUUCAGAAGUUCAAGCAGCAAAAAGAGCUUCGCAACCAGGAGGCAUCAGCACAGCAUGACCUUGAGAAGAACCAGCAGCACCUUCACACUCACCUCCAACACACGCAGCUACAGCAACCGCACACGACCAUUACCCAGAACACGCUCCAUUCGGUCCAGAAUGGAGCGGCUAGCACUGGUUGCUGUAGCGGCGUAGUCACUAUAUCCCAGAUCACACCCAUCCAGAACUCUUUGUCCUUGUCCAAACCUGUCGACCCUGUCAAGCAGAACAACAGUGAUAUCUUGGAUCUUAAGCCUUCUGGUGACCAGACCCCAAGCACAACCCGCUUGAAGGUGAGCAACGCUGCCCGGGCCAAACCGGCAGGGACAGCCCGUGGCUGGAUGAGGCUGAAAAACAACAUGGCCCCCCCAGGGUCACCACCGGAGGAUGGUGGAAAAGAAGGACGGAAUAAUGUCAUCAAAGCCGUGUCCAUGGAGCGCCUCUCGCCAGAGGUCAAAGUCCAGAUAGAAGGUGUCAUUGAAGUCAGCGGUUCCAGAAAGAACUCCCUCCGCAAAACGGACUCAUGGGACAGCGGGCUGACCCACAGUGAUCAGAGACUGGACCACAUGGGAGAAGUGCAGAGUCCCGUAUCUGGAGUAGAGGGACCAGGACAAGAGCUUUCGUUCCAAGCAGCGUUGCAGGAGGCCAGGGCAGAACUGCGGGGGGAGAUCCAGGCCCUCAGUGGAAGGAUGGCUGUUUUGGAGGAACAGGUGGGACAGAUUCUCAGACUGCUGUCCGGAAAGAGUGACCCACCAGUCCGGACGUCUACCCCCAGAACAUACAGAGACAAGCUCAAAGCACAAGACAUUUUUACAGUCUCCACACCUGGUAGCCCUGACUCAGACAAGGAGGAUGGGUCAGUCUGA